UCACACCCCUUUCUCUCUUUCCCUCCAGGGUACGAAAGAGGAGGCCGCGCCCCGCCGAGCGAUCCGUCUCCCGUCUCCGCCCCGCUCCCGAGUUUGUUUGGGUCCUCCGCACUUUCGCCCUGGUGUGGAGGAAGAUGGAAGGCUACAAACUGUUCCUGGCCUUCCUCGCCUCCGCGUUGCUGCUCGGCGUCCUCUCCGUCGCCUUCGUCCUGGUCUGGGUCCUGAACUACCGCGAGGGGCUCGCCUGGAACGGGGACUUUCCCGAGUUCAAUUGGCACCCGCUCCUCAUCAUCACGGGCUUCGUGUUCAUCCAAGGGAUCGCCAUUAUUGUAUACAGGUUACCAUGGACCUGGAAAUGCAGCAAAUUUUUGAUGAAAUUAAUCCAUGCGGGGUUACAUACCGUUGCUCUGAUACUUGCUAUUAUUUCCCUGGUGGCUGUUUUUGAUUUCCAUAAUUUUAAGAAGAUUCCUAACAUGUACAGUCUACACAGUUGGAUUGGAUUGACUGCUGUAAUUCUUUAUGCUCUACAGCUUGUUUUAGGCUAUGUGGUCUACCUACUUCCCUUUGCCCCAACUUCUCUCCGGACAGCUGUUAUGCCAAUACACACAUAUUCAGGUCUUCUCAUCUUUGGAGCAGGAAUUGCCACAGCCCUAAUGGGAAUUACAGAAAAACUUUUUUUUGCUCUGGUAAAACCAGUCCCCUAUAGCCAGUCCCCAAAAGAAGCUAUUUUUGUCAAUGUUCUGGGUGUCCUGAUUGUCGCCUAUGGGGCUGUAAUUUUGUGGAUAGCUACAAGGCCUCAUUGGAAGCGCCCACUCGAACACGUUUUCGUAAUCCAUCAAAGAAUUGGAGAAGGAUUCGGUGAAGAUGACUGUCAUAGUCCAGAUUUGGAAUUCAACAGUGAUGCAGCUGCCAGGAAAAGAAACCCCAAACCUGAUGAAACUGGACAGAGAUCAACUAUGUAAAGAAAGUAUAUAGCAAAAUUUGCAAGAAGAAAACUCACUCUCCCUUAUUCUCUCCCAGCUCUUUGACACACUUAUACUUUGCUUAUUAAUAUGUUAGAAUUUCCUGAAUAAUGAGAAGAGUUAGUAAAGAGUUUAAUUUUAGAAGUAUCUAUUUUCAUAUGAUGCCACUAUGGUAACUUGUACUGUAUUUCUUGAUAAUUUUGAAAAACAAAAUCUGGAAUUAUAACCAGGUCAACUACAAUAAACACUUUUUCAUUGAUUUUGACUGAUGGAAGUACAGAUGAACAUUAGAUUUCAGAUAUUGGAAGAAAGUUAUGAGAAAGGGAGGACUCCAUUGAAUAAACUGGCUAAAACCCUUGAUAUUUUUUUAAUGUUGUUCAAACUUGUUUCCAUAACACUAUGGAACUACUGGCCAUCUUGGAAAGCUGAAUGAUUGAUUCCACAAUUCAUUCUUUUUUAUUUUUUCUUGAUUUCUGAUGUUGCCUUCCACUGGCACUGGAGAACUAUAUGUUUUGCAGUUCAAUAUUAUGAUUAUGGUGGCCAGAGAGAGAAGGGAGAGGCAAAGCCGGUGGUGGUGGGCUGAUAAUUUGAUUACCCUGUGUAGCUUCUUUUUUCACAUAGGUGCCAGCUUCUCAUACAAACACAUCAUCUGAUAUCACAGCAGUCUCAGACAUUAUUGCUAUAAGGUAAUCAUUGUUUUUGCACAAUCACAUUUAAAUGAAUAUUGGCUUAUACAGUAACUCCAUUAUUGGAAUAGAUACGUGUUGGAGUGUUUACAGUUUGUUCAGAUUAUAAAGCAAUGUAAUCU